AUGUCUGAUCAGAAGAAGUACUCGAACAAGCUCCAGGGUUUGCGCAUCCUCAUCAUUGGUGGAUCCUCUGGCAUAGGCUUCUGCACCGCCGAAGCCUGUCUCGAGUACGGCGCCCUGGUCACAAUAGCCUCAUCAAACUCAUCCAGAGUAGAGGCCGCUGUCUCUAAACUACAAUCUGCCUAUCCUUCAGCCAAAUCCGGUGUCUACGGUCUCACUGUCGAUCUCUCCAAGUCGGACACACUCGAGUCCGAGCUGAAGACCCUGUUUGAUCAGACUGUUAAGAACAUGGGCGGCGAGAAAUUGGACCAUGUUAUAUUCACCGCCGGCGAUGCACUUGCAACAAUGAAGCUCGCAGACAUGACCAUGGAAAGCAUUCUCAAAGCCGGCCAGAUCCGGUUUUUCGCACCUCUCCUAGCCGCCAAGUUUGUUCCUCAAUACGUCAAGAACUCCCACGAGAGUAGCUACACCAUCACCACCGGUAGCAUCAGCGAGCGCCCGAUGCCGGACUGGAGCGUCAUCGGUUCGUUUGCGGGUGGUCACCACUCCAUGGUCAGAAACUUGGCGCUGGACAUGAAGCCGAUCAGGGUCAACGGUGUGAGUCCUGGUGUUGUGGAUACAGAGCUUUGGAAGAUGCCCAAGGAAGAGAAAGAGAAACUCAUGGAGCAGAUGAGCAAGAAAAUGGCGACAGGGACUCCGGGAAAGCCAGAGUACGUGGCCGAGAGCUUUUUGAGUUGUAUGCGAGACUACAAUAUGGAUGGGGCCAUGAUCAGGACAGAUGGCGGUGGACUGUUCAUGUAA